AUGAUUACUGAAGAACAUCUGCGAGAGAAGUUGAAGACAUCGAUUCCUGAUGUCUACCACGUUAUAGUUACAGAUCUAUCAUAUGGAUGUGGCCAAAGUUUUGAUGUCGUGGUAGUGAGUAACACGUUUGUGGGUAAGAACAAGAUCCAAAGAUCAAGGCUUGUUAAUGGUGCUUUAAAGGAAGAACUCGCUGAUAUCCAUGCUUUCAGUUGUAAAUGCUAUUCUGAGGAAGAGUGGUCAAAGAUAGUAAUUUAA